UUUACCGGCAAAAAUAAGCUUUUGAACAAGUAUUUUAAAACAUCUGAAUUUCCUGAUUGAACAACUUGGAACCACACCUCAAAAACGGAGAGAAACAGCAUACGUGCGGUCGGUGCUAUACGUUGGUGUUUGAAAAGGCAUCAAACGGAUACUUUUGCUGCUGGCUAUCCAAAUUGUUUGGGCACAUUUAAGAACGGAGAUUAAACCCAACGGACUUUAAUCUGACUGGAUACCCGGAGAAGGAUUAAGACACCGGGAGGCUUGAGAGAAUCAGGACCUGAUAUUUGCAGGUGCUGGGUUUAGGGCUUGACCAACUUUGGCUAUCUGAUGCAAGGGAUCUGGAUGCACCAGGACUAUCCCAAGAUUGAGGGUCACAGGGGAUACCUGUCUUCACCAGCCUGCAAGGCGGCGACAGAGAGCAGGGCGCUGAACCGGCGGAGCCCAGGAAUGAGCGAGUUCUGGCACAAGAUGGGCUGCUGCGUGGUGGCCAAACCCCCACCGAAGAAGAGGAGGAGGAAGAUUGACCGCAGCAUGAUCGGAGAGCCCACAAACUUUAUGCACCUCACACACAUUGGCUCUGGGGAGAUGGCAGAAGGUUUGCCGCCGUCAGGGUCAGUCCAGGAACAGAUGAGGUCCAAAGGACCCAGCACCAAUGGCAGAAGCAGCCUCUUAUAGCCAACAUAUGGACCAAUCCAGAGACUCGAUGUGAGUUCCUCAUUUCCCCCUUCCUCGGACCCAGCCUCAAGCCAACCUGCAUGGACCAACUCUGCAUAUUGCACUUAGGCCCACAAUGACCACCGCAAAUGGCAGAAUAAAAAAACAAAGAUCUAAAACAAUGACUUUAUUUCCCAGAAUCCUUUUCAGCCCCCAUCACCAGUUUCAAAUGGGACAUGACUCCUGCCAUGAAGAGGGGAAAGUACCCUGGAUUCUCACUCAGCACUGGGGACUGGACGGGAUUAUUUGUGGGCUUUUAGGUUGCUUUGAUAAAACAUAGGAGGUAUCAGCUACAGGCGGAUACGGAUUUUCCCAUUUUUGUCUCGGUCUCAAGCAAGGGAACAUUCCGAACAUUUCAUAAUUCUCGAACAAGACCGUCUCACAAGUGUGAUACUGAUCUUGCAAUAACGCAAACAAACAGGUCUUCUUUAUUCUUGACUCGGAAGUGGUGCGUUUGCCCUUUUAAAGUGUUGUGCCUUUAAAGAUUAUAAUGCCUUAUAAGUAGUGCAUGGUGGAAAUUGAGCCCAUCUGUUUCCUGACAAGCACGCAUUUUUCAUAUGUAUUGCUAAAGUGCAGUGGCCAAAUUUUAUAUUUUUGGUUUUGGAAGUGAAGUUUCUCAAUUGACAAGCAGGAUGUGGCAUCUACCUUGGCUCCACCCACUACUUGUCUGUAGUAGUUUGAGAUCCAAUCCUAGCAGCACUGUAGACAUCCAGGGGUGGGAGUGGUCACUUGUAGGCCUACAGUGCUAAUGUUUUGGCACUUUGCAUGUUUCACGUGAACAGUUCUUAGACAUCAUCUCACACAUUCCACCAUUAGUCACUGUCUUUCUUACAAACACGCCAAGUUUCUCAGACAACCCCUCGUGUACAUACUUCUACCUUAAGUGUUAUUGCCAAAGUUAUGCCUUUAUAUAUUAGGUGCUUUUUUACUACCAUGCAUGAUUUAAAACCAGCCAAUCUGAACACUGGAUAGCACUGGCAGGUAGCCUAGCCGUUAGGGAGUUGUGGCACUAACCGAAAGGUUGCUGGUUUGAAUACCCGAGCCGACAAGGG